UGAAAGAAGAGACUCAUAAUCCAGUCCACCGCCAUUCGACAGUUGGAAAACUCAACCCUCCUCCCACGUCAGUCGCCGGAUUAUAUAUACCCAAAUACAUACAACUACAAGCCCUGCGCAAUCUUCAAAUAACUCUUUCUAGAUUAUCAAGAAAAAAAAUAUAAAGCAAAACCCUUGAAGAAAAUGCCUAUGGAUCACCCAAAAUCAUCUGUUUUAGUUCACAGGAUCAACACCACCGCCACAGAUUCCACAGCCGCCGCUACAUGGAAUAAUCAAGUCCAGCAGAGUCCCAGCGCCGCCGUGCGGUGGGAGACUCCACUUCCUUGCAGCACCCAAGUCCCGGACCAUGUCGCCCGCUACCACACAUACGCCGUGGGCCAAAACCAGUGCUGCUCCGCCGUGAUCCGGCAAAUAAAUGCUCCCGUCGACACCGUGUGGUCCUUCGUCCGCCGCUUCGACAACCCGCAGUCCUACAAGCACUUUGUCAAGAGCUGCCGCGUAGUCCUCGGAAACGGUGACGUCGGCACCCUCCGUGAGAUCCACGUCAUAUCCGGCAUCCCAGCCGUGAACAGUACCGAGCGCCUUGAGAUCCUCGACGACGACCACCAUGUUAUCAGCUUCAGCGUCGUUGGUGGCGACCACCGCCUGGCUAACUACCGGUCCGUCACCACCCUCCACCAGGCGGCAGAUGACGUCAACGAGACAACAGUCGUGGAAUCCUACGUUGUUGACAUACCUCAAGGUAACACUAAAGAGGAAACUGGCGUUUUUGUCGACACCAUUGUUAAAUGUAACCUUCAGUCACUUGCACAGAUCGCUGAGAAUUUAUCCCGACAAAGAAAAAAUUCCCAGUUAGUUUAAUUUGAAUCCAAACUUGUUCGUCAACCUAUUCGACUCUCGUUUUUUCCUAGAUCCCGACUUCACGAUCGUCGCACACACGCACACGCACUCGCACUCGCCCUCAUAGACAUGUAUUAUGUUUGGAUGUACAAAUUGCAAAGUGCGGAUUACUGAUAUCAGAUUUUCUGUAUAAGUAAAAAAUCACAAGUAGUCUUGUUUGUGACAUGUAACACAUAAUUUGAUGUUUUGUUUUCAUGUAUCAUUAAUAUUUGCAUUUUUGGAGGUUGUUCAAUUGUCAUUUCUUGUAAUUUGUGGAAGGAUGUCAGUUUUUUCUUAG